AUGGCUUUCGAAAUUCGUGAGGAAGAUGAACAGCACGAAGAGUUUGACGAGUAUGAGGAUAUCAAGCAGACUGAACGCCCCAAAUUCUAUCGCCGCCGAAAGUUCUGGAUGUGCUGCAUCCCCACGAAUAUCAUUGCUAUUAUCAUCGCUGUUAUCUUGGCUCUCUAUGUCAUCAUGCCUAAGAUUGCUCAGGGUCUCAUGAACAAGGCUACCAUCAACUUUAAUCAGAUUGACAUCAUCAACCCCACAGCCACCUCGAUGGACAUUACGAUGGUUGGAAAGAUGGAAAAGACCGGCCCCUUCCACGCCGACAUCUCCUUCCCCGGCACUGUCACUGUCUCUUGGAACAACAAAGUCCUCGGCACCACUGUCAUUCCCGGUACAAGCACCGCCUCCGGUGGACAGGGUGAUUUGAACUUGCAGAGCAGCUUCCAGAUCUCCGACGCCGCGGCAUUCACAGAGUUCUCCGCCUACAUGCUCAACGCCGAGACAUUUGUCUGGCACCUCUCAGGAAAGCUCAAUGUCAAGGCUCUUGGCCGCACCGUCAAGGACCUCGACCUGGAUAAGGACAUUACUGUCAACGCAUUCCAAGGUCUCUCGGGUAUCAAGAUCGAAAAGUUUGCGCUCCCAGGCGAUGACCCUGCAGGAAAGGGUAUCCUUGUCAACAUCGACACCACCGUCAACAACCCCUCCGCCAUCCAGAUGUACAUGGGAGCCCUCACCCUCGCCAUUUCUUACAAGGACACUCUCAUGGGAUACGUCACCUCUUCUAACCUGACCAUGGUCCGUGGCCCCCAGAUCUUGAGCAUGAGCGGAUAUCUCGUCCCCCAGUCCACCCCCGAGGGUCUUGCUAUUACGUCCGAGAUGAUGUCGCGCUACAUUGGCAACGUGGUCACCGACACUAUUGCCACUGGUUUCGAGGUCAAACCCGACGGUGUCAACUCGAUCGAGUGGUUGUCGACUGCUGUCAAGCAGCUCAAGUUGACUGUGCCUCUUCAGAGCCCUUCCCCCUUGCAGCUCAUCAAGUCCUUGAACCUCGGUGCCUUGGGUCUCACCUUCACUCCUCCCACAGCAUAUCAACCUGCCACUACCUCCACUGGUGUCAUUGCCGACUACUCUCUUCCCGACGGUUUCGGUUUCAACAUUGCCUUCACCCAGGUUGCCAACUCGUUCACUAUUACUCGUGGCGGCAUUGCCGUUGCUAGCUUGAACUCGAGCUACAACCCUUCGACCUCCAACAUGGCAGCUGGUACUUUGACCUUUGAUCUCUUGCAGACCCCUCUUGUUGUUGACCAGGCCUCGCAGAUAGCCUUCCAGGAGUUCAACCGCGACUUGACUAUUGGUGCCGAUCUCCCCUUCAGUGUUGUCGGUCAGGCCUCGGUCUAUGCCAACACCUCCAUCGGUAUAGUCAACUUGGUCAAUAUCCCGUUCAACGCCUCGACUGCUCUUAGUGGUCUUCAGAGCCUCGCCAACCCCGCUCCCUCGAUCGCCGCUCUUCAAGUUGUCUCUGGUACCGCCACUGAGUUGACCAUGGCCAUCACCGUUGUCAUUGUCAACCCCUCGUCGAUCUCGCUCAGCGCCGGCGAUAUUGUGCUCAGUCUUGUCUACAAGGGUGUCGCCCUUGGCACUGUGACCAUGCCUAACCUCGCCAUUGUCCCUGGUGCCAACACCAUCCAGGCUUCGUCAUCAAUCAACCCUGCUGCUUCUCCUGAGGGUAUGGAGCUGUUGACGCUGUAUACCAGUGGUGCCGGUGCCACUGUCAGUAUUGUCGGUACUCCCACCAGUACAACUGUCGAUUCGCUCAACCUUGCCUUUGGCGCAUUGACCAUUGAGACCCAGAUGCCUGGUCUCCCUACCAAGCUGCUCGCUGGUGCCUCGCUUGUUGUUCUCGACACCACUCUUGUUGAUGGUCUUGCUCAGACUGUUGUCUCUGUCAACAACCCCUUUGUCCCUCCCAUGACCAUUUUGUCGAUUGACUCUACCAUUACCUACAACGGCGUCGCUCUCGGAACUGUUGUGUCGACCUUUGGCACUCCUCCAGUCAUUCCUGGAGCUGGCGUUGGUACCAUCACGGCCGCUCUUACCAUGAACACCAACCCUCACGACCUUGUCACUUUGAUCCGCGCUCAGGCUGUCUCUAACGGUUUGAACACUGCUGCCUUUGACGGUUUGCUCGAGCUUCAGGCUGGUGGCACCCCUUCGCCUGAUCUGUUUGUAGGUUUUAACGUCGCUGACUUUGUGACUAAGGCUAUGGCUGGACUCGCUGUCGACAUCACCAUGACCACCACCGUCAAGGUCGGCGACUACCAAGUGACGAUUCCCUAUACCCAGACCGGAGUCCCCACUGGCACUGAUCAGACAAUUCUCAAGUUGAUCCCCGUCGUCGGUACUCCCAUUGCUCAGAUCCUUGUCAACGGCUCUGUUCUCGCCUUUGAUGCCAUCACGCUCAUCAACCCCACCGAGACCGCCUUCUCGACAGACAUUGUCGGCGCCAUCACCAAGACUGGACCCUUGGAUGCCGAGAUUAUGUUCCCUAACCCUCUCACAGUCUCGUACAAUGGCAAGGCGCUCGGAUCGAUGCUGAUGCCCACUGUCAAGGCCAUUGCCAACCAGGGUGCUACUUUGAACCUGGCCGGUGUCCCCUUCACCAUUACCGAUGGCGCCGCAUUUGCCGAUUUCACCACGUUUGCUCUGAACAACGAGAAGUUUGACUGGACGAUCUCGACCACGGGUAUUGUUGUCAACGCCAUGGGUGCCUCUCUUCCCGGUGUGUCGAUGACCAAGACUGUGACCCUCGAUGGAUUCAACAAACUACCUGGCCUGCAGCUGCUGAACUAUGACAUCAAGUCGAUCGACGCCGAAGGUCUCCACAUGACCAUCAGCGCCACGUUGAACAACCCGUCGACCAUUGGUAUGACCAUCCCUGUCUCGCAGUUCAACACCCAGUUCCACGGUGUUGUUCUUGGACCAGCCUUUGCCUACAACAUGGCCUUGGUUCCACACAGUAGCUCGAGCUUCGCCUUGAACGCCACUAUUACCGCCGACGGAACCGACAAGAAGCCAUACCUGGAGGGUAUCUUCCACAACGCAUUGACUGGUGUCGAUACUCCCCUCGAGGCCAAGGGUGUCGGCGCCCCCGGCGUCUCAUGGUUGGACACUGCUAUCAAGAGUCUUCUGUUGAAUACUGCUCUUCCUCCUCUUCAGGAGCCUCCAAUCUCGUCGGUGGCCAUCAACUCGAUGGAGAUGGACUUUGCCUGCGGCGAAACUUGUAUCUGGGCUCCUAUGGCCAUCUCGAGCAUUACUGCCGAUACCAAGCUCCCUUUUUCCAAUGGCGCACCUAUCGAGCAGCUUGCCCAGAACAUCCAGAUCUUGGACAAAAAGGGCCGUGUCGUCGGUACCCUUAAGACCGACUACUCUCCCGCCGUUCCUUCAGGCUCCAAGGUCUCGACCGUCACCAAGGCUGCUCCUUUGGUCGUCGCUGACGGCUCCCAUGACAUAUACACAGAAUUCAUCAGCGAUUUGAACCAGGCUAUCAAGUACGAGGUUGGUCUCCGCGGCAGUGCGGACUCGGUCCUGAACCUCGGCGCUCUCGGCAUGAUCGACGUCAAGGGAAUCCCUAUCGACGUCAAGGCCAAUUUGGACGGUCUCCAGGGUCUCAACAACAUCAAGUUCUUGUCGCUGAUCAACUUCUUCUCUGGGGAUAGUGUUCUGGAAGUCAGCAGCUCCGUCAACAUCUACAACCCAAGUCAGCUCACCCUCAACAUUGGCGAUCUCCAUUUGAUUGCGGGUCAAGAGGGUUUCACUGAUAACGAGAGAUUCGGAGUCGCGUUCGUCAAGGGUCUCCGCCUCGUCCCCGGAGACAACAUUCUUGUCAACGUUGUCACCGCUCCCAGUCUUGAUCCCAGAACCGGCAAGUUUGCAACAGACGUCAAUAUGCGAGAAGUCACUCUCAACAUGUGGGCAGAUGACAAGUCGACAAGCAACCCCGCCCUGAACGCUGGAUUGGCGUCGCUCCGCCAAAGCGUCCUUUUGCCUCUAUUCCUCAUGACCGACACUCCCAAGGCCUACGCCAACGAAUGGUCCCUCACGGUCCUGCCUACUACUGUGGACGAUGGCCUGGUCGAGGUUUCCACCGUUCUCGGCAACCCUUACUAUGUCGAUAUGACCGUUGUCGGCGACGCCAAGAUAUCGGAGACAAUCUUUGCCAGUGACCCAUCCUACUUGGGAAUCUCAACUGGAACCAAUUUCGAGUUCACACAGUUGACGUUCCUGCCGGACUUCUCGUUCACCGUCAAAGCGGGCCAGUCACUCCCUAUCACCUUCAAGAUGCAGCUCCGGACAAAGAGUCUCAGUGCGCCUACGCUUGUGGACCGCAUGAAUACUCUUAUCAAUCUAGGCGCCUCUGGAUCCUUCAAGAUGGCGUACGUCAACUGGACUCCCAAGGCGACCCUGUCCACCAUGAGUGGCUUCCUGUAUCCAGACUUUGUCACCGCUUCAGUCUAUCCAGAAACGGGCCGUAUGACACUCAAGGUCGGAUCCGACUUCCCCAUGAUCAAGGACUGGUUCUACAAACAGUUCAACAUCACCACUAGCCCUGCCGUCCUCCCUCUUCCCCCCUCACCAACAGAGACAGCUCUUCCUUCGCCUACGUCCACGCCUUUGCCUCCAUCGCCUCCAGUCGUUAUCCCCAGCUCCACACCAAACCCCAGCCCCAGCCCCAGUGUAUCACCUUCGCCCGUUGUUUCUCCUUCACCCGUCGUGUCUCCUUCACCCGUCGUGUCUCCUUCACCCGAGACUGCACCAGCUGCUUAA